UUAUUUUCAAGAACAGAUAAGCAAUUAUUAGUCAUAUUUAUACAUAAACAACCUUAGGUAUUGUAGACUCAAGUUUGUUCAAAUCAUAACUCCCCGGGAUAUGCUGCGGCCACAACAGAGGAUCGAAGUUUUGCAUAAGAAUAUAUAGCAAACAUCUUGAAAAACUUUUUCUCAAGAGCACUUAAGCAAUUAUAAGUCAUAUAGAUAAAGAAGCAUCCUCAGGUAGUGUAGAUUCAAGUUUCUUACAAACAUGACUCAGGGGUAGAGUGGGGCUAAAAUUGGCAAUCAAAUUUAACAUAGGAAGGUUCUAGAACAGCAAAGCCAUGAUAAUAUAUACAUGAAUUGAUAUGAAACAUCCUCCUGAAGUGUAAAUUCAAGUUCCCCCACACCCCUACCAUCGUAAACGUUUCAAUACUGAACAGAUAUCUGCAUGUGCUUAGAUGAGCGAUGUGGCCCAUGGGUCUCUUGUUUUAUAUAUCAUGGAAACGCGUUUCGUUUUAGAAGCUUAAAUGCAAUAGCAAGCCUAUACAUUUUUGUGGAUCUCAGUAUCAAGAGAUAGCUGUAGAAUUGAUCAGCAGAAGCACGAAUCCCCUCUAUGGAUCCAAUUUUUUUCGGUUUAAAAUUUUAAGUAUUUUGUUAAUGUUGACUGAAGUUGUGGAUAGUGAAAACGAGAACGAUAAAACAUUGUUCUUUUCCAAUUCCUUAUGUUCCACAUAUCAUUCAGUCUAUGAGGGUGAAGAAUAUUAUCUAACAUGGAACGGAACAUUACUUCCUAUGUCUAAAGGGUGCAAGAUAACUUUUUUCCCAAAGGAUCCACUAAGCGUCUGUGUAGAAGUGGAAUUUUUUCACCUAGAAGACUGUAGCGUUCACGUCAAUUUUCAUGGAAAAAUAGAGAAGACGUAUAAAUGCAGUGGAAAGCCUGACAAUUUUUGUGGAUCUCAGAAUGAAGCUAUAGAUAUAGAACUAUUCAGUAGAAGCACGAAUCCUCUCUAUGGAUCCAAUUCUUUUCGGUUUAAAAUCCAUACACAAGUUCCAAUUUCUGUUCUGGAUUACGUGUGGAUUAAUGUCGGCCUUAUAUCUCUAAUAGUCGUCAUUGUGGGGAUAAGUCUGGCUUACUUCGGCUUGAGUCGGCGAGCUAGAAAAUCAGGAAUAGUUUUUCGGAGGUCUGAAAUUCCACAUACUCGUAUGGUCGAUUCAGAAACUUUGGAUCAACCACAGAUAAACUCUGACCCAGUACCUUGGAAUCCUACAAAUGAAGUACUGACCACAGAUUUCACGAUUCCGGAUCCUCGUGCAGUGAAUACAGAAUAGAAGACGAUAAAUGAUCCUUCUGAAGACGAUUUUAUUAUAAUAAAAUACCUGAAAUUAUGUCUAUGUUACAUGUUAAGAUAUUUUAAUAUGAUACCAAUUAAGUUGAUGUUACAGCUGCAGGGAUUUCAACAAUCCCGUUUAAAGUCAACUUUUUGCAAGUUCUCCUGUAGUUAUAAUGAACUUUUUGCAAUACAAUUACAGGGUUCUCCAUCAUUUCAAAUUUAACUGUGGCGCAAGACAAACGCAAAGUGCUAAUUUUCGCGGUCAUUUCGCGAUUGAAUUCGCGAAGGAACCACGAAAUGAGUUAAAAACACAAACAGUGAUUCAGUAGUUUUAAACAAAAAGGACAUUUAUUAUUUGGCAAAUAAUAAUUUCAAUAAUAACUGUAAAAUAAAUAAAUUAAUCGAUAUCGAUUAAACAUAGUGCAAAACAAAAAUUAGGAUUGUCCAAAAAACAUUUAGAUAUGUUUACUGUGAAAAAGACCCUCUCCACCCAACACAUAAGUACUAAUGAAGAAACAAAUAUUUGCUUAUAGAAUCUAAAAUUAACAGUACCAGUAGUAUCUUGUUUUAAGCAUAAAUGAAACAUGUGGAGAUAACGAAGCAUUUAACUCUACAGUGUUUAUUAAAGGACAGAGGAAAUUCUGGUAGGUCACACACUCAGGCUUACAUCAGAUCUAUGCAUUUGUAAUUAUUGGUCUGAAGACUAAAGCAUCUUUAAAUUUGUAGUUUAAAAACACUUCUUAACAAGCAGUUUAGAGAAAUAAGAUAAUAUUUUCGUGGAUGUAUUGCUAAUUUUUCAACAUUACAAAAAUACAUACGACGAUACACGUACGAUGUUUUGACUCGCUUUGCCGAUGGAAUUUUGGAGACGCGGAUAUCUUUAGCAUGUUUAGAACUACUGCAUUAAAGCAUGAAUUAAUUGAUAUUGAAAAAAAAAAUCUUUUGUGAUUAUCGUGAAGUGUGAAAAAAAUGGCUUGUCUCUUUUCAUUCAUGUGUCCAGUGAGGUAUAGAAGAUGAUUGUGCAAACCAAACAAUGGGCCCUAAUUAGAGUAAAUUAACAGUUUUACCAUAAGAAACGAAACUGCAUAACUUAGAGGUUCUUUUGAUUUAAAAAUUUAUAUAUUUUUAUCGUACUGACGACGAAAAUCUUACUGUGGCGCUAAUAUUUGACAGUGGCGGAACUGUGGCGCUGGCUUUUUAACUGUGGCGCUACAGAAUUUAACUGUGGCCGGGCCGCCACGUUAAACGGCCCAUGGAGAACUCUGCAAUUAGCCUACCGUUGGGUCCCGUUUUAUACUAUUUGUUAGAUCAUUUUUCCAUGCAGUACUCUGUCUACCUGAUUAAUACAUAGGGUUCAUGGCAAAUGUGACCGGUCGUCAGGGGAUUCUUUCUCCUCCUAGGCACCUGAUUCCAUCUCUUCUUUUCUAAGGGGCCCGUUUUUCCUUUGUUCAUGGUUUUAUUUACUGGAAAUAUGAGGUACCUUUUACACAUUGAGCUAUGUUUAUUAUCCCCUUUGCAACGGAGUUGGAGGGAAUAUAGUAACGCGCUUGUAUGUGUGUGUUUGUGUGUCUGUGUGUUAGUUUGUCCUUGUGCGAAGCGGAGGUGACGUAAUUUGCAUAGGGAUCGAUGUCUUGGUUUAUACAUGUAGAUAUGCUCUUUGCGAGGGGAUGCUCCGCUCUGCGGUGCCCUAGCUUGUUAUAUAUUUAUAUUACAAUUUCAGCUUUCGAGUACACUACUCAUUCAUUAUAAAAUUUCACUGUGUUACUUUUUAAUAAUACAUCGAGCUAUGUAUGUUUUGUACAAGGGCUGUACGAAAAAUUCACGGACGGUGUCAAUCUAUUUCAUAAUCAAGCAAGAUAAAUAUAUUAACAUAUGUGAAUAUUUUUAAUGUUGAUGUUGAUGUGCAGAGUUUUUUUUCCACAUGAUUAAAUGGAACACAACCGUAAAACACCAAUUUUUCUUUCCAUUAAGUUAAUUUGUUAACUACAGUGUAUUACACCCCCUGCUCCAUUUCCACAAAUGAACAGCUCACGUUUAACGCAUUUCUUUUUUUUUCCCAAGUGCAACAAAAAAUUGAUAGAUGGCACUCCUUCAUGGCACCUUAUCCCACCUCGAAUGCUUUUUAGAAGUUCGUAUUUGCUCUGCUCCAAAUGUAUAUAUUGUUUCAAUGGACGUCUUAGCUUGAUGACUGUUCGUUAACUUCAUAUUUCAUUGCUAGUCUCUGCUCCAUGGAUUCUAUGACGUCAUUCUACUUUUUUUUAAUGCGGACUAUCUGUUUUCUGAAAUUGAUUUUAUUUCAUCAAAUCAAAAUAUUUAAUCAAAAUUUGGCAUAUAAAAUAGUGUAACAUUUCCUACUUUGAAUAUGUAGUUUUUUCGUUUUGUUCAAUUUUUUAGAGAAAUAACUACAAAAAUCAAGUGCAGCGUUUGUAAAGUAAUAAAUUUUGACCUGCUCAAUGAUCCGAAUUUCGCAGUUUAAAACUUUGAUUAAGUUUGAAAUAUAUCAUGAUAUAUUUAAAAAUUUAUUAUUAAAACGUUACCAAAGUUGGAUACAAUAUAAUGUGAGUAAAAGAUUUAGGAUUAAAGUCCGCGAAUUCUCCAAAUAGCCCUCGUACAUUGAUCGUUGUUUAUACUAUACAUUGAGCUAUGUUUGUACGUAUAUUAGAAUGUAUAUAUGCUUAUAUUACACAAUAAGGUGUUUUUGGUGAACAUUGAAUCUAUAUGUUGAUAUUAUACAUUAAGGUGUAUUUAUAAUAUACAUUUUGCUGAGCUUAUAUUUUACACAUUAAGAUAUAUUAUACACAGAGUUAUAGCGCUAUUGUCUCCAAUAGCAUAGUUAUGUUUCUUCUGUUUCAUAAACUGCCAUUUAAAUGUCCAGGCUUUACAUCAGGUAGAAAAAUGAUUUCUUACUAAGAUUUCCUAAAACAACACAUCCUAUUCUUUUAUGAAAGGUUUUCGUGUACAGGGCUAAAAUAAUUACAACAAUUAAAAGCCUCAUUUUUAAAGAUGUCCUGUUAACAAAACAUUUUCCUAUCAUGAUAUUUUCUAAUGAACAGUAUCUUAAGAUUAUCUACAUAAACAUGCAUACUUUAUAAUUAUUUGGAGGUUUUGACACAACAUUAAAUUAAGUAAUAUAGGCAUGUCCUCAACUUUGUA